AUGACAGAAAGGAAAAUGUGUAAAUUCUAUAACUUAAACGUUCCUGAACGACGAAGCGGUGAUACUGGACCUCAGGACUAUGGUGAUGAUGAGGACGACAGAAACCCCGAAGAUAAUAUGGCGCCUUAUGUACCGCCACAUGAGCAUAGGCUGGAGUAUAAUUACUGGAUGUGGUUUUCUAGGCGGCCGCCCGCCCGAGAUCUCUCAUCCACCACCACUGGAUAUGGGCAGGCUCUCCGCAUGGUAGGUUGUGUGGGAUCUGUGGAGCAGUGGUGGGGCCUGUAUACACAUCUAUCAAGGCCCUAUGAGCUUCCUCCACUCUCUGAUUUGCAUUUGUUUAAACUUGGCAUUAAACCAAUGUGGGAAGAUCCAGCUAAUGUUAAUGGUGGAAAAUGGGUUGUGCGACUGCGUAAAUCGCAAACAGAGCAAGCAUGGGAGGACCUGUGCAUGGCGAUGCUUGGCGAACAGUUCAUGGUUGGGCCUGAAUUGUGUGGUGUUGUGCUGUCUGUUCGUUUUCAGGAAGACCACUUAGCCGUGUGGCACCGGACGGCGGCGGACACGACAGCAGCAGGUCGGGUGCGAGAUGCUUUGCGCAGGAUACUGCAACUACCCACUACUAUGCCCAUCGAGUACAAGGUGCAUAGUGACUGCCUUCGCGCUUCCACCUCAAGGGCCCCAGACCCACCAGCUACUGAUAAUGGCGAACGUUCAACGUAA